AUGGCCGCCACAACUCCAUGCGCAAAUAGUCCUCACCUUAAUCCACAAUUUGCGAGGACUGCCGCCAACGGGCGGACAUCUGAAUUGAAGACCGGUACUACAUGUGUAGCUCAAGCGGAUGAAGAGACAUUGUUCAAAAGGUUGUUCCCACAUUCCAUGCUAUUAAAGGCUAAAGAUUGGUAUCUAGAUCAACCUGAAGUAGUAAUGACUGAUUGGAAUACCUUGGAAGAAAAAUUCUUGGAACGGUUUUACUCUCAAAACCGAUUCUUUGAUGCAAAAACAACAACUGCGGUAUUCUCUCAAGGUAGUAAUGAAUCACUGAAUGAAGCUUGGGAAAGAUAUAAAGCUAUGCUGAGGAAAUGCAAGGGACACGAUUUUGCAGAAGUUGAUCAAAUUCACAUGUUCCACAACGGUCUCACACCCACAAACAAGACACUUUUGGAUGCCACAACUGGUGGCUCACUAAUGUCCAAAACACCUGCUGAAGCGACUCAAAUAAUUGAGCGAAUGGCUCUAAAUGACCGUCAGGGCAAUCAUGAUCGAACUGUCAGAGAUAAGAAACCUGGAUUGUUAGAGCUAACUAAUAGUGAUGCUCUGUUGGCUCAAAACAAAUUGCUAACUUCACAAAAUCAAAAUCCGAAUCAUCCGCCGUAUCAGCAGGGUUAUCCACCAAGGAAUAACAAUCAAGGUUAUCAACAAAGACCUAACAAUCAAGGAUACCAACAACAAACAUUUCAACCCUACACUCAACCGCCACCACAACAACAAGGAGGACCGUCUAAGUUGGAAGAAACUAUGACACAAUUCAUGCAGAUGUCAAUGACAAACCAGAAAAACCAGGAUGCAGCAAUUAAAAAUUUGGAAACUCAGGUGGGGCAACUUGCUAAACAGAUUGCGGCUAAUCAGUCGAAUGCAACAUUCUCCGCCAACACUCAAGAGAAUCCGAAAGAGGAUUGCAAAGCAGUGGUAACCAGAACUGGUCAGAAAGGCGAUAGUGAGGAAGUUGAAAACAAUGAUAUUGAGAAGGAAGAUGAUAACCGUGUUGCGGAAGAUGAGGAGAAUGAAAUUGUUGAGCGAGAUGAACAAAGAGGAACCAAAAAAAUCAUUACCGCGGCGCGCUGCCAAACCGGCGAGGCGCGCUGCGCUAUAGUGUCCCGUCUCCCUCAAAAAGCAAAAGACCCUGGACGAGUUACACUACCUGUCACAAUUGGCAAUCAGCACAUUGGGAAUGGAUUGAUAGAUCUGGGAUCAAGCAUCAAUCUAAUUCCUCUAUCAAUAGUGAAGCGGUUGGGAAAUAUUGAUAUGAAGUCAACAAGAAUGACCUUACAACUAGCAGAUAAAUCCACCACUCUUCCUCACGGCGUCGCACAAGACAUGUUAAUAAAGGUAGACAAAUUUUUGUUUCCAGUAGACUUUGUUGUGAUUGAUAUGGAAGAAGAUAAAGAAUAA